AUGGCGUACUCGGUUUACAACUAUAACUACCAAGUUGCAAUAAUAUUUGCUAUAUUAAUCGCUGCGUUAUUACUAUUGGCAGCUGUUAUACUCGGACUUUACUAUGCCUUUGUAGCCAGUGUAAGUAAAAGAUUUAAUCGUUUUUUAAUUGACAAGCAUAUUCUUUAAAGCUUACUGUAGUCUCGCUAAGUUGUAACUAUAAUAAAGCUUACAACUCUAUAAUAUUAUAUUUUAGACUAGAAAACCCAAAGGCGGCAGCAGAUUCACACGAACGCCAAGCACCCUACCACCAAAAUCUCAAUGGCAACAACCACAACAAGUAUUCCAACCUCAAUAUCCACCACAACAAUACCAACAAGACUACGGACAACCACAAGACUAUCCUCAACAACAAUAUGGAUAUGAUCCAAGACAACAACCUCAAGAGUAAGAUAAAAAUUACUGGUUUAUAAGCUAUUCAAAACACUUUCUGUUAAACAUAAUAACGACAUCCUGAUCAUUCCGUGUAACACAAGUAAUAUUAAGUUAGGUAUAUAAAUAUUUACAAAAAAAUUUAGGUACCAAUACGAUCCAAGACAACAACCAGACAGCGGAAACUAUUCGCAAGCCGCGCCCGCAAAUCAAGGUUAUCCAUCAGAAACGCUUCACACAGUCAAAGUCCGUGAAUUACAGCCAGAAUACAUCUAUCAACAAGUAAGACAAUGUCCUGAAUUUUACAUUACCUAUAACAUAUACCAUUUCACCUAAAGAAUAACUUUUUGCUCAAUAUCAAAAAGACAACAAUCACAUGUCGUUUUACGUCUUAAACUUGUGUAGUAAUUUUCAGAAAAAUUUAUUCAUUUCUUUUCAGGGCCCAGUGACAUGGACCACUACCCAAACAGUGGUAGAUCCCAACAACUACAACCAAGCAGUACAACAAGCCCAAGCUAACGUACCAUCGUAUCACAUGUCGUCAGUCUAA